UGCAUCACCGAAAUUUUGCAGACAUAUACUAUUGAUGCACGAUAAAUGGUUCGGAAAUGACGUUGGUGGUUUAGAUGGCGGAGUCGCAAAAUAUCUCUACAAAGAAAUCAGCGACCUCUCCAGCGUAGUAGGGCUGAUUAAAACGAGCAGAGUUGAAUUUUUCGACUUCAUCAAUCCCGUGUAUAGAUUCAGCACUAGUUUCAUGUUCCUUAAUCGUGGUACCCACGAUCUUUGGGAGAACGAAUUUUUGAAACCGUUUACAACGCGAGUGUGGUUAUCCACCGUCGUAGUGCUGAUUUUAUUGAGUAUUUUACUGAAGAUCACCAAUUGGGUCGAAACAAUGCUGAUGAGAUGUUCUAAUGGAUCCUACUCGUUUGUCACAGCGAUGUUGAUAACGAUAUCGGUGAUAUGCCAACAAGGAUCCUUUAUAAUACCUACACGAUGUACCAGUAGAUUUCUUUUCUUCAUAAUCUUGACGCUUUCGUUCCUCCUCUACAACUACUACACCUCGAGCAUCGUUUCUGCAUUGCUCAACGCAAAGCCGAGAGAACUUACUUCGUAUAAGGACUUGAUAAAAAGCGGUUUAGAGCUUGGCAUACAGAUGGCUCCUUAUACCUUGACCAUUUUCCAAACGAACAUGGACCCCGACAUCCAGGCUAUCAGAAAGUUGGUCUUUCCAGAGAGGGGAAAACCACACGUAUGGAAUAUAACUGAUGGUCUGGAGAAGGUCAGGACUGGGCCCUACGCAUAUCACGUUGAAUCCUCGAGGGCUUACACCAUGAUAGCGAAAACCUUCGAUGCCGAAGCUAUUUGCGAAUUAUCGGAUAAAAUAACAUUGAUACCACCAUCUUAUUUGUCUCUGUACGCGAAGAAAGAUUCCCAGUAUAAGAAUCUGCUGAAAAUCAGUCUCAGGAGGAUGGAAGAAACAGGAAUAGUUCGAAGGAAUCGACUUAUUUGGGAGGAGAAGAAGCCGUCUUGCUUCUCGAACGCAAUAGUUGUAUCAGUAGGACUUGAUCAAACGUUUAUAGCCUUUUUUAUAUUAUUUAUUGGAUUAUUGGUUUCUGUCGCACUCUUGUUUUUUGAGAGGUUACAUAAACACAAGCGUCUGCUGGACUCAAAAAAUUCAUUCGACUAAAAAUACUGAUAAUUUGAAACGCAUUGAACUCUAGAAUCGCUUUGAUAGAAGAAUUCACGUAGAAACAUGCAUGAAUUUAUAGCCUCACUAGAAAAGGCACAUUGAUUUCUUGCGAACCGUUGAACAUUAACAAUUAUCAUAAAACUAUGAACUU